AUGUCGUUGCAAAACCAACCUGACAUCAACACUCUGUUGCACAACAUGUGUGCACAGAUCUUGGCGUUAACUACACAACUCGCCAAGAUGCAGGCACAACCCCCUGCAGCAACCCCCUCGGUCGAGAAAAAGUUUAACAAGAAGGUCGAAGUUGUUGCUGACCCCGGCGCCUUUGAGGGAGACAGAGCGCGAUUCGCCGAGUGGUGGAUCAAGCUCCAGAUUUGGGUCAAGGCAAACUGGGAUGCGUUUGCUGACGACUUUAAGGUAGCCACUGCAGUGCUAUCUCGACUAAAAGGACCUGUGGCGGGUCGAUACGCCCAAGUCAGAAUGCAGGAGUGCUACACUGCGGGAGUGUGGCCUACCUGGGACAAUCUUAAAGUGGAGAUCGAGAAAUAUUUCAAACCGCAAGCUGAGCGUGACUGGGCGCGUCAGCAAAUCCGUUCCUUCAAACAAGGAAACAUGAGGACGGAUGACUUCGUAACCCGGUUCCUGGCUCUCUCUAUCCAAGGGGGUCUAGGAAAUGAGCAUGCAGUAGAGCUGCUGGAAGGCAAUGUAAACCCCCACAUUGCAGAACAGCUCUAUCUGCAGGAUAUGAGAAGUGACAACCUCUCCCAAGCAGUGGAGGAGGUACAAAAAAUAGGUAGGGCCAUAGAGCUCUACAAAAUGCACCAAGGUGGCGGGUCCACCACCAAAAACAACUAUUCCCAGAGGAGCCCUGGGUCAUCAAACCAAAACCAAAAUCACUCUCACAGGUUCCAACCAUACAGGUUGCAACCAGGACGGGGUGCUCCUAUGGAUAUCAACGCAGUCCAAGGCGGACAAAAGCGCAGAUUCACCUGCUUCAGCUGUGGGAAGGAGGGGCACAUGGCCCGAGAUGGUACAAACAGAGUGCGGGCCACUCACCAAAAAAAUAACCAAGGACGCCAGGCGCGCCAAUCAGAAACAGAGAAACUGGACAAUCAGCUCCAGACUCUAACCGGUUGUUCGUAUGACAAGAUCCAGGCUUUCUUCUAUGACCAACAGGUCAAUGAAAUAAAAGCUCAGGGAAAAGAGUUUGGAGCUUAG